UCUGCAUACAUAGCAUAGGGGUGUGAUAGCGAAAUUGUUCAAAUCCCUCCAACAAAUAUUUAUUAUGGCAUAACUGUGCGUACGCUUUUUUGCGUACAUGUAUCCAUUUGAGUGUACGCUUAAGGUGACGACGCAUACACGUGUACGUUUACGUGUACGUUCAAGUGUACUUGUGCACGUAGCAUUUUCUGCCAUACAAAAUGUGACGAGAAAUUCCCAUGUACAUGGGCGCAGCAUAGCGAUCGGUGAGUUUCAUUGCAAGGUAUCGCGCAAGGGAAAAAUUGCGUCCUCUCAUUUUUUUGGUGCUUCGCCCAGUUGGUGCUUCACCCAUUUGGUACUUCUCCCAAUUGGUACUUCGCCCAAUUGGCACUUCGCCCAGUUGGCACAAUUUCUUUUUUUCAACCCCAGCUGUGCAAAGCCCCAAACGGCCUUCUGAGAAAGCUUCGCGAAAACCCCCAAGUGUAAUUUCAUAUCAAAUAAUUUAAUGUGUUACGAAAUGUAAAUUCUGUUCCAAUGUACAAACAGCUUAACAUGCCAUUUUCGGUGGUUUCCUUUUUUUUAAAAAAUCGUGUACGUGUUUUCACGCCAGCAUGUACAUUUUCACGUGUAUACAUGGAUAUGUGAUGGAACUACGCAUUUAUGACAUAUGCUGCUAGUGUUACUGAACCAAACCCUUAUGUUUACGUAAUAAGCGUACGUGCGUAUGAACACGCGAGUGGUACGUACGGCGCGUUUGUACGCAUAUUAUAAUAUAGCAAUACAUAUGUUAUGUGCUCAAUGUGGAUGUAUAUACAUGCGGAUUUACAGUUUACUUUACGUGUAUUUCUGAUACAUAUUUUUUUUUUUAUACCAUUUUGUAAUUUUUACAAUUGAAGCUCUAUCUUUAAUGAAUUUUUUUUUUCUUCUUCCCCCCCUUUCUCAUAAGUAUAAUAUUUGUACAAAAAGAGAGGAAACAAUUUUUUGUUUUUCAAACGUUAAGCCUUUGCUCUCAUAUUCCAUAGUGGGGAUUAUAUUAUAUACGGUAUAGCAGCUUUGCAAGGAAAGAGAUAAAUGGUCACCUGGAUGUUUUUGAAGCUGUAAGGGAAGGUCACAAAGAUGGGAGCGUACUUGUCGGCACCUAAAACGAAUAAGGAGUCCCUGGACGGAGGAAACUUAGAGCUAGACCCAAGCAGAUAUGGACUGUCGUGCAUGCAGGGAUGGAGGAAGAACAUGGAAGAUAGUCACAUUUGCUAUAACAAUCUGAAACUGAACGAAAUAGAGGAGGACGUAUCCAUUUAUGGCGUUUUCGAUGGACAUGGAGGACCAAAUGUGUCAAAAUGGAUUUCGUAUAAUUUCAGAAGGAUCUUUUUAAGAUGCAUAAAAGAAGCUAGUGAGGAGUUAACCAAGAAGAAUCUAGACAAGUCCAAAAAUUAUAAAUUAAAACUAAUCAAAUUGACACUUGAAAAAACAUUUCUCAAGUUAGAUGAAGAAAUGCUUCUCACAGAAAACCAAGAAAAAUUAAAAAAAUAUAGUGUACCUACACAGGAAAAUGAAGAAGAAUCAGACACAAGGGAAAAUUAUUUGUAUUCCAUUCUGAACGAUAUUAUAUCGAAAAAUAUUAGCAUCAAAGCGAUAGAGAAAGAUGGGAAGAGGUGCUUACAGGUUGUUUAUAAUAAGGAUGGGAAUCCAGUAGAGGAAGGCAAUGCAGAAUCGUCCACCACGCUAGCGGAUGAGGAAAAUAACAAAUCGCCUGAUUUGAUAGGCAGCACGGAUAGUAUUGUAAAGGAGGAGGAUGAGGAGGAGGACAACGAAGAUGAUGAAGAUGGUGAUGAAGCUGCUGAAAAGGAGGCUGCAAAGGAGGAGGGAGCGAAUAAGGAUGCCGUGAAGAAGGAGAGCUGCAAAGAAGGGGGAAGCGCUCAAGAGGGGAACAACAAAACGUUAAAGAAAGACGACGAAAUUUCGGAAGGGUUAACUGCCGACGGUGGAGAAGAAAAAGGUGCACUCAAGGGGGAAAUCGAAAAGGGCGAAAAAACGGAAGACGAUGAGGAGCAAAACAGUGGAAGUACCGAAGAAAAAACAGAUGCAGAGGAGAAAAAUAAGGAAGCAAAUGUGGCAGAGGGUAAGCCCGAGGUGGACACAAAUAAGGCUAUAUCAACUGGGAGUGGCGGUGAAAAUAAAGGCAAGGCGAAAGACGAAGAUGGCAAGGAACACGCAGAUGGAUAUGCCGACAACGGGGAAAGCGCCGAAACCAAUGCGAAGAGACUGAAGAAGGGCAUGAACGACUACUCGGGCAACGAAAAGGAGAGCAACCACGAGGAGGACCUCAGCGAUGGCGCUAGCGGUAGCACCUGCGAGCCGGUGGUUAAAGCAGAACUGACGUAUGACAACCUGAAGUGCAUGGAGGAGGCAGCGGCCAAAGAAGCGAAAAAUAACGGAGCAAACGGGAACCUACCCGGGUUUGACGAAAGCGCACUGAGGAUUUAUGAAAAAGGAAGCAGUAGCAGCGAAGAGGGAUUUUCCUACGACGAAGCUGUGACAAACGUAAUCGAUAACAACAUAAGUAGUAACACCGAUGCGAGUAACGAGGCAGACGAUUGCAAUGGGUUGUAUUCGUCCGACGAGUUGCGCCUAUUUGAAAAUUACUAUUCAAAUGAUUAUGAAGAUAACAUAGCUUAUAGUUGCGGGUCGACAGCACUAGUAGCAGUUAUCCUUAAGGGGUACCUCAUAGUGGCGAAUGCAGGAGAUUCUAGAGCCAUCGUUUGUUUUAAUGGGAACUCCUUAGGCAUGUCCACCGAUCAUAAGCCACAUUUACAGGAAGAAGAAGCCAGAAUUAAGAAGGCAGGGGGAUACAUUUCCAAUGGAAGGGUUGAUGGAAAUUUAAAUUUGACAAGAGCUAUUGGUGAUUUGCACUAUAAAAGGGAUCCAUUUUUACCUCAGAAGGAUCAAAAAAUUUCUGCUUUUCCGGAAGUUACCUGCGUUACUUUAACUCCAGAAGAUGAAUUUUUAUUCCUCGCUUGUGAUGGCAUUUGGGAUUGUAAAGAUGGGCAAGACGUGGUCGGGUUUGUGAAGACGAGACUUGAAAAGUUUGAAGAACCAACAAGUGACGAAACUGUAAUUGACAGCACGGACAACACGAAUGAAAAUGCCACGACGACUAUCACCACGAAUGAAAAUAUUGUUAACAGUAUGGGCAGUGAGGAGAAGGACAAGUCGAAGGAGUUAGAACAAAAUGAAGUAAGCAAGGAGAAGAAAAACGCCGAAGGGGCGGGAGCGGGCCCAUCGAUAGGCAAAGACAAACACAACAAAACGACUGCCAAAGGUACGAAUAGCAACGAUGAGGGUGUUGAAAAUGGUAGUGAGAAAAAAAAGACAAAGGAAGAAGGAGGCCUCUCUGAAGACGCUCAUGGGGAGGACGACGAUGAGGAGGACGACGAAGACGACGAAGAUGAAGAAAGCGCUAGUCGAAUGAGAACCCAUGAUGGAUUAGAAAUGGAUAGGUAUGAUGAAGACGACACCAAAUUUGAUUCCGCACCAGUUAUCGUAAGGAAAAAAUUCGAAAAAUUUAAUAAACUUUCCCAGAUUUGCGAAGAACUGUGUGAUGAGUGCUUGUCCAACAAUUACAAAGAGAACGACGGAAUUGGAUGCGAUAACAUGACGUGCCUGAUCGUUCAGUACAACCCCAUUUAUAAAAUACACACGGAGAAGAAGUUUUUAAAUAUAGACGAUAUUGAGUAG